AUGGCUUGGUUUCCCCAGGAGUCUGAGUUAAACGGUAUUCUUGACCUCUUGCAUACAUCUCAAACUGGAGAUACUACUGCUCAAAGACGCGUCCACGAGAUGCUCAAUUCUUUGAUCGAAUCGCCGGAUUUUGUGAAAUACCUAAUUUUCAUUUUUGCAAAAUUCCCUAGUGAAAGCGAAUACACCCGUUCCGUUGCGGGAUUGAUCUUAAAAAAUCAUUUAACCACAACCUACUCCAAUCAGCCUCCAGAUGUAAUUUCCGUUGUCAAGGAGGAAUCUCUAAAUUGCAUGAAUGAUCCAAAUCCUCUCAUUCGCUCAACGGCCGGCACUCUUAUUACCACGAUAGUUAGUCUCGGUGGUCUUCAUUCCUGGCCCGAGGUUAUUCCUCAACUUCUUCAAAGUCUCGAUAGCAAUGAUCCCUACCUCCUUCAAGGUACCUUCGAUGCCCUAAAAAAAAUCUGUGAGGAUUCAAAAGAGGACUUGGAAGAUGAAAGCCUCCUUAGUGUUUUGGAUGCCUUAAUACUUAAAUUAAUUCAUUUUUUCUCUCAUCCACUUCCUAAAUUUCGAUCGCUUGCGCUGUAUUGUGCCAAUCAGUUUAUUACCAACUCAUCUCGUGCCUUUAAGAAUCACUUAGAGGAAUACCUUCAGGCCUUAUUUAAACUUGCCGAUGAUUCUUCAAAAGAAGUUGUGAAACUCGUCUGUACCGCUUUGGUCUUUCUUAUUGAGGCUCAGGUGGAAAUACUUCUUCCACACCUUCCCAAUAUUAUUGAAUAUAUCCUUCUCCGAACUCAAGAUGAAGAUGAAACGAUUGCGUUGGAAGCUUGUGAAUUUUGGUUAUCUCUUUCGGAUGCUCCUCUAUGCUUUCAAGUACUAAGUGGUUAUCUUGAUCGGCUUAUCCCUGUCCUUGUAAAGGGAAUGCAGUACUCUGAAAGUGAUCUUGCUCUUCUUAGCAAUGAUCUAGAUAACAACUCUCAUGUGCCUGACAAAGACAGUGAUAUCAAACCGCGAUUCCACAAGUCGAAAAAUCGAAUGCAAAGUGAUGAUGGUGGAGAAGACAGUGAUUCUGAUGACAGCGAUGAAUACGUCAGCAACUGGACGCUUCGAAAGUGCUCGGCAGCUGCUUUGGACCUUCUCGCAAAUGUAUUCCACAGCGAAAUCCUUCAAUAUCUUCUUCCUUCCACCAAGGAAUACCUUCUUUCUAGCGACUGGCGAUACAGAGAAUCGGCUAUCUUGGUCCUCGGGGCUAUAUCCGAAGGAUGUAUGAAUGAUAUGGUUCCUUACCUUCCAGAUCUCUGCAGAAUCUUCAUUGAAGCGCUUAGUGAUCAAAAGCCUCUCAUUCGGAGUAUAGCGUGCUGGACACUAAGUCGAUAUGCUAACUGGAUUGUCGGGCAACCGCAUGAUCAAUACCUGAGGCCCCUUGUGGGUGAGUUAUUGAAUCGAAUUCUGGACACGAAUAAGCGGGUUCAGGAAUCUGCGUGUUCUGCCUUCGCUACACUUGAGGAGGAAGCAGGAACUGAUUUAUGUCCUUAUUUGGAGCAUAUUCUGCGAACUUUAGUUACCGCACUAUCAAAAUAUCAGCACAAAAAUCUUAUAAUUCUCUAUGAUGCCAUUGGCACACUUGCCGAUUCUGUUGGGCACAACUUGAAUAAACAAGAAUAUAAGGAUUUACUAAUGCCAGCACUCUUUGAGAAGUGGAAUAGUCUUAAGGAUGAUGAUAAGGACCUCUUCCCGUUGCUUGAAUGUCUUUCUAGUGUUGCUACGGCCCUGGGAGUUGGUUUUCUUCCCUACUGCGCUCCUGUAUUCAAUCGAUGUGUGGCUCUAGUUGAAAAAACUAUUCAGCAGAGCUAUGCAAGUACCCAGCAACCAGAUCUCUACGAGCCACCAGACAAAGACUUUAUGGUUGUGUCUCUCGACCUUCUGAGUGGAAUAGCCGAAGGUCUGGGAAGUCAAAUCGAACCUCUUAUGGUUAACAGUAAUCUCAUUAGCCUGCUCCAUCAAUGUGCUCAAGAUUCCCAGUUGGAUGUGCGACAAAGCACCUUUGCAUUGCUUGGUGAUCUCACUAAAGUCUGCUUCGCCCAUAUCAAGCCUCAAGUCGGGGCCUUCAUGAACAUUCUAGCCCAAAAUCUCUCUUCGCCUAAUAUCUCCGUAUGCAAUAAUGCUAUCUGGGCUAUUGGAGAAAUAUGCAUGCAAAUGGGUGAAGAAAUGCAACCCUAUGCUUCUCUCUUUAUUGAACCGCUCGUACGCAUAAUCAACUGUCAAAAUGCGCCCAAAACUCUCCAUGAGAACGCCGCCAUCACAAUAGGUCGCCUGGGCUACGUUUGCCCACAGCAGAUUUCCUCCUUCUUAUCUCUCUUCAUUCGUGCUUGGUGUCUAUCACUGCGAAAUAUUCGCGAUAAUGACGAGAAGGACAGUGCUUUCAGGGGAAUAUGCAACGUCAUCACCUUGAAUCCCCAGGGUGUUAUUAAUGACUUCCUCUUCUUCUGCGAUGCCGUCGCAUCUUGGAAUAACCCGAAAGAGGACCUUAAACAGAAGUUUUUUUCGAUAUUGAUCGGCUUCAAGACAGAGGUCGGCGACGAAACCUGGGAAAAAUUUUGGUCCCAAUGUCCGCCGAUGCUCCGCAAUCGUUUAAAUAGCCAAUAUGGACUCUAG